AUGACAUCUAAAAAUUCUACUUCACCAUCGGUGGAAUCUACAGUCACCACAGCUCAUAAAUGGAAUUCGGAUGAUAUUGGUUGGGAAUAUGAUGAAGUUGACCCUGAAUCGAUUACGGCAUCGAAUGACAAAACUCUCGGGACUAAUGAUAAUCAAGCACCCCGUCAAAAUUCAACAACUAGAGAACUUUUUGAUGAAGACUUCAAGCCCGGGAAUAAGGAACAAGUGUUUGAAGAAGGUGAAUACGAAUCGGAUGGAGUUCAAAUAUUGGAAGAAGUCGGAGGAGAUUAG